GAUUAUAGUACUUUGAUGUUCGAGGGAGUUUCUUGUGCGAUAUGUUUUUGUUUCUGUGGUCUAGGGCUUUGUUCUCUCUCUGAGGGGCUUUCUAUGCGUGGAUGACGACAACUCGAAGUUGCCACCGCUGCUUCCAAUGAAACUUGUACCUAGCAUACUCAUUGUGGGCUAUGUUGUCUCAUCUCUUUAGUUUGUGAGUUCGGUUGCUUCUGCUUGUUUGUAUGUCGGCUUGGCUUUUUCUCUGAUUUUCUGGCACAUAUUCUUUCUUGAAGAUUAUGGAUGAUCUGUGUAAGUCGUCGUUAAAUUUGACUGUCGUGGUUUCGGUUGGCUGUUGAUUCGUGCUAUGUCUCCAAUGGGUUUGCUGGAAUGGCCAUUGGGGAAGACUCUGGAAUUUCUAUAGGGCUUGGGUUGUGAUUUGGUUGGUUUUGGCUGGGCUGAUUAGUUUUUAGUUCUCUAGUUUGAGCUGGCUUUUGUGUAUUUGAGAUCUUCUUGAAACACUUCUUGUAAAUUGCUUUUGUCGGCCUUGAGAAAAUGCAAUCACAGGUGCAUUGGUAAAAAAGGAAAAACUAAAUGAGAAAUAUUUGUUUUUACCAAAAAUAAAAAUUCAUUAAAAAGCCUGAAACGCCCGGUACAAGAUCCGGCUUUACCACAGAAGGGUUACAGGCCAGCCUUUCUUUAUUUCUUCUUGGCCGGGUGGUGUUAGAUGAGAAAUGUUCAAUAAGAUAAUGUAGACAUCAAAUACUCUUCUCUCUGUUUCCUUGAUAAGCGUUUAUUGCAUUGUUGGAGGAACCACAGCUGUAUAGGUGUAGCAAUUCAAAGUGGGCAGCAAACCAGCAAUCCCACAAUCCGGCAACAUCACGUUAAGUUGAUAUCGAUGUUUAAGUCAAUGGUCUUUCUGGCCUUUUCAUAAUCCCAUUCCAUACGCCGAUUUUAGCUCGCGAGGCUCAUAAGCAAAUGCAAAGCAUCAAAUGGCUGCCUCUAGUCCGUACCAUAACAACUUUAGCACCGAAGUACCUUCCCAUGUCAUCGUCAACCAGUACACUACUGUUGGAUUCUUACUGUAAAUCCAAUACCCAUGAGGUCGUUUACACUAAAAACAGGAGUAUCGAUAAGAUGAUAAGAUCUGGGAACUUUGAUGUUGCUCAUGACAUAUUCGAUGAAAUGAUUACACGUGAUGUUGUUACAUAUAACUUGCUGAUUUCUGGGCAUGGUAAAUAUGGAAUCCCCGAACAGGCUCUUUAUUUUUACUCUGAAAUGGUUUCAGAAGAUAUCAGAGAAAGCCCAUCAACGUUUCCUUCUGUUUUAAGUAUAUGUAGUGACUUGGGGUUUUACAGAGAAGGGAUUCAAGUUCACUGUAGAAUUUUAAAAGUUGGGUUUGGUUUCAAUUUGUACAUUGGCGGUUCACUUGUUGGUCUUUAUAUGCGUAUGGGACUUGAUGAUUUAGCUUUACGUUUGUUUGGUGAACUGAACGAGAGAAAUUUAGCGACAUGGAAUUUGGUUUUACGCGGCAUUUGUGAACUAGGUCGAUUUGAUGACUUGUUAGGAUUGUACAGUGAAAUGCAACUGGACAAUAUGGAGGCAAAUGGGCUUAGUUUUUGCUAUUUGAUCCGUGGAUGUUCUAACGGGAGAUUUUUCAAUGAAGGGAGGCAGCUUCAUUGUCAUGUGAUUAAGCUUGGAUGGGCAAACUCAAAUAUUUUUGUAGCUAAUGCUGUGGUGGAUUUCUACUCUGCAUGUGGGAGUUUAAAUGAAGCAAAGAAGUCGUUCCUAGCUAUUCCAUUUGAGGAUGUUAUAUCGUGGAAUUCAAUUUUAUCUGUGUAUGCGGACAAUGGAUUAUUUUCUGAAGCUCUUGACUUAUUUUACACGAUGCAGUUUUGGGGCAAGAAACCAUCAAUUCGUUCGUUUGUCGCAUUAUUAAAUCUAUCUAGUAUUAAUGGCAAUAUUCUAUUUGGAAAGCAGAUCCACUGUUGUGUCUUGAAGAUGGGCUUUGACAAUGGGAGUGUGCAUGUACAAUCUGCAUUAAUUGACAUGUAUGGAAAAUGUGGAGAAAUUACGAAUUCGGUAUCUGUAUAUGAAAGUCUUCCAAAAACAACUACUGAGUGUUGUAACUCAUUAAUGACCUCUUUGUUGCACUGUGGCAUUGUUGAUGACGUGGUUGAGAUGUUUGGUUUGAUGGUUGAUGAAGGAAUUGGAAUUGAUGAGGUUACAUUUUCUACGACAUUGAAAGCAUUUUCAAAGUCAGUGUUAGCAAGCUUGGCCGGCUGCAGAUUGCUGCAGUGUUGUGCAAUAAAAUUAGGUUUUGAAUCUAAUGUUUCAGUUUCUUGUUCAUUGAUUGACGCAUAUUCAAGGUCUGGUCAUGUUCAACUUGCACUGCAGGUUUUUCAACAACUUCCUUCCUCAAAUGUUUUCUGUUUCACAUCAAUCAUUAAUGGAUUUGCCCGGAAUGGAUUGGGAAGAGAAUGCCUUGAGAUGCUUGAAGCCAUGAUCCAAAAGGGUUUAAAACCUGAUAAAGUGACUUUCUUGUGUGUGUUGACUGGGUGCAGUCAUUCUGGGUUGGUGGAAGAAGGAAGAUUGGUUUUCAAUUCAAUGAAAUCUCUACAUGGGAUUUCCCCAGACACAGAGCACUUUUCAUGUAUGGUAGAUCUGUUAGGACGAGCAGGUCUGUUGGAUGAAGCUGAAGAACUGCUGCAACAGGCACCAGAAAGUGGUGACUGUGUGAUGUGGAGCUCACUGUUGCAAAGUUGUAGGUUUUAUACAAAUGAAAUUGUGGGAAAAAUAGCAGCGAAAGUAUUACUGGAACUUGAUCCUAACGAUUUUGCAGUUCAUUUGCAAGUAUCUAAAUUUUUUUCUGAAAUUGGAGAAUUUGAAGCCUCAAUACAGAUUAGAGAGGUUGCUAUGGCAAGGAAGAUGUCAAAGGAAAUUGGUCACAGUUUAAUUGAUUUGAAUAUUUGCUAUUAA